AUGAUCUUCGCAAGUCCCUUCAGAGCCGGAGAAAACGUCGAAAUUCGUGUGAAAAGAAUCGGCAAAAUCUAUGAGAUAACCGUCAACGACAUCUUCUUUGCGAGGUUUCCACAUCGAUUUUCCGAUUCGGAAAAUCCGACCGCAUACACUACUGAAGGAGAAUGGACAGUUUCGACGCUUCAGAUGAUUUGCGCCAAUCGAUUUUGGGAUAAUUAUUAA